AUGAAGGACUUUAUGACUAUCCGUGGAUUUUUCUAUUCUUCUCACUCUCUGAAACGCUUUCUCCAUCUAGAUUUCCUCCCAGCGGUUUUUAAGGAGAAGGAGAGAGGGAGAACUAGAAGAAAAGCUGGCGAGAUAAAGUGCUUGUGAUGUUGCGUGGGGAUGAUGCCGAAUAUCAGCGCCGCUAUCACACUCUGGGCAGCAACACGCGCCGCCUCUCCAACCCCGACAUGGAGGCCUAUGCUAAGCUCCACAAGAGCGGCGACAUGGAGCAUCAGAGAAACAAAUACCCUCCGCAGCACGCCGCCACGCUGGUCAACACCAACUGUGCGCGGCAGCAGCAGCCACAUUACUGGAGUUUUAAGGCGCGGACUCCACGCAGCGCUGCGGGGCUGCAGCAGCAGUCGCUGGGUGAGCAGGUAGGAGGGCGAAUGUGUUAUGCGUCUGCGGAGAGUUUGGAAAGCAUGGCCGACGCCGAGCUGCCGCUGGGCUUCAGUCGCUCUAACAUCCUCAGACAGAGUCUUCCACUGGCACGAUCGCCCAGCCAGGCUAAACUGAGAGCACCAGCGGUGUUGUUUUUGCAGUUCGGUGACGAGACGCGGCGGGUGCACAUCACUCAUGAGCUGACCAGCAUGGAGACGCUUCACGCCCUCAUCGUGCACAUGUUCCCUCAGAAACUGACGAUGGGCGCGUUGCGUUCGCCCGGCACAGCUCUCCUUAUGAAGGAUGAGGCACGCAACAUCUUCUACGAGCUGGAGGACCCUCGUGACAUCCACGACCGAUGUCUCAUCAAGAUUUACUGCAGAGAGACUCCGAUACGAGACGCACACUACAAUGCUCAACACACAGCUCACCACGUUCACCACACACACAUCGCCAACGGAGACCUGCGGAGAGAGCUGGUGUACACCUCGAGGGAAUCGUCUCCCACGCGGCGUUUAAACACACUCCCGUCUUCCUCUCCUCCCUCUGGAUCUCCGUCACGCUCGCAAUCACGUCUUUCUUACACAGGUGUGCGUCCUUCCUCUUACGCGGGUCCCCAUCCGUCGCCUCAGCUCCACCCCUAUCAGCAACACCACGCCCACCCCGGAGGCCACGCCCCCCAGCAGGCCGGCCACACCCACCCUGCAUUUUUCCCCUCCCCAAGUGCCAUUCUAGAACGGCGUGAUGUGAAACCAGAUGAGGAAAUUACAUCGUCCUUGAAAAGCGUGGUGUUGCUAAAAAACGAAGCGAUAUACGCAGACCCGUACGCGCUCGUCCAGGAUCCUCGGCUCAGCGUUGCUUCACCGCAAGCUCUGGCGUACCGCCGCGGAUCUGUGCGCUCUAUUGGUGGCUACCCCGCCGCGGCAUUACAAUGUGAGCUCGAGGGCGCCCUCUACAGGCCCGGCGGUCCCAUAUACGCAGAUCCAUAUGCUACGAUGGGUUUCCGCACCUUACCUCCAGCCUCGCCUCAAAAACUGUCUGAUGGCAGGGAUCCGUAUGGUAGCCACCCGGGACGAGGGUCCCCUGGGAGACAUGGGUUUCGUAAAGAUGGCACUGUGUACAUAGAGAGUCCCAAGAAUCGUCCAGGAGGGAGAGAGCUGGUGUACACCUCGAGGGAAUCGUCUCCCACGCGGCGUUUAAACACACUCCCGUCUUCCUCUCCUCCCUCUGGAUCUCCGUCACGCUCGCAAUCACGUCUUUCUUACACAGGUGUGCGUCCUUCCUCUUACGCGGGUCCCCAUCCGUCGCCUCAGCUCCACCCCUAUCAGCAACACCACGCCCACCCCGGAGGCCACGCCCCCCAGCAGGCCGGCCACACCCACCCUGCAUUUUUCCCCUCCCCAAGUGCCAUUCUAGAACGGCGUGAUGUGAAACCAGAUGAGGAAAUUACAUCGUCCUUGAAAAGCGUGGUGUUGCUAAAAAACGAAGCGAUAUACGCAGACCCGUACGCGCUCGUCCAGGAUCCUCGGCUCAGCGUUGCUUCACCGCAAGCUCUGGCGUACCGCCGCGGAUCUGUGCGCUCUAUUGGUGGCUACCCCGCCGCGGCAUUACAAUGUGAGCUCGAGGGCGCCCUCUACAGGCCCGGCGGUCCCAUAUACGCAGAUCCAUAUGCUACGAUGGGUUUCCGCACCUUACCUCCAGCCUCGCCUCAAAAACUGUCUGAUGGCAGGGAUCCGUAUGGUAGCCACCCGGGACGAGGGUCCCCUGGGAGACAUGGGUUUCAUAAAGAUGGCACUGUGUACAUAGAGAGUCCCAAGAAUCGUCCAGGAGGACCACCUCUGGAGCAGAUACGUAUGCUCGGGGGCCCCGGAGGAGACGGAGGGCCCUUACCAGUGUACGGCUCAACAUUGCCUGGUAAUGAAGAGACCAGAGAGCGCAUGGAGGCCAUGGAGAAGCAGAUAGCCAGUUUAACCGGAUUAGUUCAGAGCGUUUUGACCCGAGGACCAGACAGCCCUGAGAAAGCAGAAACAGCAAGCGACUGCUCUGCACCGGAGACUGGAAGGUUUAGAAAACAAAAAGUGUCAUCGCCGUCUGCUCCUCUGGCCCUGAUGCCGCCUCCGCCCACUGCAGCCUCUCAGCCAAUAGCAAUGUCCCGUUUCCAAAUGCAGCUGCACCUGACGGACCUGCAGCAGCACACAGCUGAACUGCGCAAACAGCUGACACAGCUACGCCAGUUACAGUUGCAGAAUCAGGACUCCGUUCAGGCGUUACUGAGGCAGACGGAGUCUGAUUUGGGCAUGUGUCUGAUCGAGGCGUCUCGCACACAAGAAGAUCCAUUACAGCGGCAGCGUCUUCUUGUUGAAGAAGAGAGGCUACGCUACCUUAAUGAAGAAGAACUUAUUAUACAACAACUACACGAUCUCGAGCGCUCGGUGGAGGAAAUGAGGAUGGGGGCGGGACUUAACCAUCACCUGGUGACGGAACAGGAAAUAGAACAGAAGAUUCUGGAGCUCAGGAGACUGGGAGAGACUGUCACUGACCUCAAGAAUCAGUUCCCCAAUUUACAAAGUAAGAUGCGUGUGGUGUUGAGGGUGGAGGUGGAAGCCGUCAAGUUUCUGAAAGAGGAACCGCUCAGACUGGAGGCCCUGUUGAAACGCUGCAGAAACAUCACCAGUACACUCGCUCUGCUACGAAGGCAGGCAUCAGAAGGUGUGUGGAGGACACCCGAUGACUUCAGUAGUUCAGUUUCCAGUGCAAGUGACGCUGACUUCAGCAGGAGCUCUGAUCUAGAUAUUCUCACCAGCCCUUCUCUAAAUCUGCCCGACCUAGGAGGCACCUUAUCAGGCACUGCCACUCUUUCUGCCUCCCUGGGCACUAAUACCACAAAUCCUGGCCUGACGAGUGCUUCUAGUAUAGGAUGUACCACUAGUCUGUCUAACAUGCUCGGCUCUGCCAUUGGUGCCAGUAUGAGCAGCAGUGGUAUUCCUGGCAGCACUACGCUGGGUAACUGGCUGGCAGGGGCCGGGGCGACAGAUCCCAUCAUGCCUGAACUGGACGGCAAGGUAAAGACCAGCGGCCUGGAAGAUCUGCCCGCACGCAGAGAAUCUGACAAAGGAGUGUCUGUGGAGGUCCGACUGGCUGCGGAGCGAGACUGGGAGGAAAAGAGAGCCAGUUUAACUCAGUUCAGCGCUCAAGACAUCAAUCGUCUGUUGGAGGAAACUCAGGCUGAGCUGAUGAAGGCCAUUCCAGAUCUGGACUUCGCUGCCAAGCAGAUCACCAAACCGGCCAUACCGCCAAAACCCCAGCUGUCCUCCCUCCCAGCGCCCGGUUCAGCCUCCUCCACUCCUACCUUAACACCUGAACAUCAGCCCAGCAAAACCCCACCAAAACCACCCAGCAAAGACGGCAUCCCACGCAGGGGAUCAGGGGAGUUGACUGUGCCACGGUAUCGCACAGAGAAGCUGUCCAAGUCUCCGCCCCCUCCUCCUCCACGACGAAGUUUCCCAUCAGGUCUUGGGCUCACGACCAACAGCAGUGGAGAAGUUAUCACCAUAAACAAGAGUGUGAAGGUGGCACUGUCUUUAAACUUUUCAGGAUGUACCACUAGUCUGUCUAACAUGCUCGGCUCUGCCAUUGGUGCCAGUAUGAGCAGCAGUGGUAUUCCUGGCAGCACUACGCUGGGUAACUGGCUGGCAGGGGCCGGGGCGACAGAUCCCAUCAUGCCUGAACUGGACGGCAAGGUAAAGACCAGCGGCCUGGAAGAUCUGCCCGCACGCAGAGAAUCUGACAAAGGAGUGUCUGUGGAGGUCCGACUGGCUGCGGAGCGAGACUGGGAGGAAAAGAGAGCCAGUUUAACUCAGUUCAGCGCUCAAGACAUCAAUCGUCUGUUGGAGGAAACUCAGGCUGAGCUGAUGAAGGCCAUUCCAGAUCUGGACUUCGCUGCCAAGCAGAUCACCAAACCGGCCAUACCGCCAAAACCCCAGCUGUCCUCCCUCCCAGCGCCCGGUUCAGCCUCCUCCACUCCUACCUUAACACCUGAACAUCAGCCCAGCAAAACCCCACCAAAACCACCCAGCAAAGACGGCAUCCCACGCAGGGGAUCAGGGGAGUUGACUGUGCCACGGUAUCGCACAGAGAAGCUGUCCAAGUCUCCGCCCCCUCCUCCUCCACGACGAAGUUUCCCAUCAGGUCUUGGGCUCACGACCAACAGCAGUGGAGAAGUUAUCACCAUAAACAAGAGUGUGAAGAAGUUGGAGAAGAUAGAGAACAGAGAGGAGGUUGAAGUACCGAUUCAAUCCCAGACACCUCCCGUCAAACUGAGACGCCCAUCGACUUCCGAAGGGCCCCGACCUUCAUCCACACCUCCGGUCAUCGCUGCUUCUGGGAUGAAGGAAGAUGAGGAUGAAGAUGAGAAGAUAAUGGCAGAGCUAGAGGCGUUUCAGAGAGCCCCAGUGAGACUGAGGGUCACUGCUGAGGUCACUCCUAACAGUGUUGACAGGGCAGGCCAGUGGAUCAGCAACUCUCUGUGGAGAGAGCCUGUAGGCACUCCUCCGGGCUCCGCCAAACUGGUGCAGCCAUCUGCCGCGUCCCGUCUGCGGCACCUGCAGCAGAGCAGCCUGGAGCGCCGCAGCAGGAAACAGCAGGAGGAACUCCCAAAGCUCCAGCAGGGUCAGCAGCAGGUGAACACUUCAUGGCGACGAUGACCCUAGAAACCAGGGGAAGCACAGGUGACCUCUGAGCCUAAAUCAUCUCCCAGCUAAAGCACAACACCUCAGUACUGAAGAGCUCUGACCAAGGUACGAGUCUAAUUGUAAUUUCAUAGUAAAGCUGGUCGGAAGGAUGCAAGUAAUGCAAAUAACAGCCAGUAUAUGUACACCGAAUAAACAAUGUAAUCUAUAUAUGGUAAAUAAAAAAUGAAGUAGUUACAAUCUCCUAUGUAAACAAACUUAUGGCAAUAUAUUCGAAAAAUAUUUUAGUGUGAAUCUCAUUAAAACAUGCACAGAUCACAUUUCACCGCAAAAUGUAAAAAUAAAAAUGCAUUUUGCAAAAAG